AUGCAACAAACCCCUGUCCAAAGGCAGCAACACCCUACGUCUCAAGCACCUUCACGACCUAUCCAAACGCAAUCCCUCCCCCAACAACAAUCUCAACCCUCACAUGAUGAUGUAUUCCCAUCUGGAGCUCAGUUCGCCAAUCGCCUCGAUGACUACAGAAACGGCGGACAGGGCAUCAGUGGUCAGUUAGGCUCAGGCGCACAGCCCCAGACGGGCAAUAUUGAUGAAUUUCCUCCUCUGGGGCGCAACGUUGCCGCAGAGAUUGGCCAAGAUCGUAGGGGAUCCUUAAUGCAAAGUGCAGGAUUUGGUAGUUACAAUGCUGGCCUACCGCUUUCCGGUGCAAGCCAAGCCCAGUCCACGCAGAAUCGCAACGCAAUUUCAGCAUCUAUAAACGGGCAGGAGAGAAUAAUGUCGCCUGCCAAUGCGGGAUCAGGAAGUACGUUUGUUGAGGGCCUAACUUAUCGCUUGAUGAAAGAUUAA